AUGGCGACCCAAUCCGCAAUCAGCUGGCCAUCGCACUUCCUCCCAGGCACAACCGACAACUUCGUCUCCAACGAGCGCAUCGCCAAAGACCUUACCAGCACACAAAUCUGGGCCCUACUAGCCAACAUCUCAAAAUGGGAGUCCUACUACAAGAACUGCGCUCAAAUCACUCCUCCGUCAUCCGACAGCACCUUCCUGCACAAAGGCGACGUCUUCAAAUUCAGCACUUUCGGUUUCCCCCCGCUGACCUGCACGGUCGAGGAGUCGGAGCCGCCGGAGAGUAACGGGCGCGCGGGCAGGUUGGCGUGGAGCUCCAAGACGCCGGAUGGGUUGGAGAUUUAUCAUGCGUGGGUUGUGGAGGAUCUGGAGGGGCAGAGGGUGAGGAUUUUGACACAGGAGAGUCAGAUUGGGCAGAUUUUCAAGGAAUGGGAGGAGCAGAAGCCGAACAAGAUGCUCCUAGGACACCAAGAUUGGCUGGAUGGGCUGAUCACUGCAGCGAGUGGCAAGCAGGUUGGAGGAACAAAUCUUGAAGCCGUCAACUUUCCGGUGAGGCAAUUAGAUGCAUAG